GGAAAUCCGAUUAACGCGCGAUCGCGAGUGCAUUGAAUUCCAGAACUUCGUGUACGUGUAGCUAGAUCUCCGCUAGAUCUAUGUGCGUAAGGUACCAAGGUUCUUCUCAUUCGAUCGACCUCUGCACACGAUCCCACAGUAUUCCUUUUUCAUGUGUACAGUUUACAUUCGAGUAUAUUGGCUGCCUUAUUGAGGAGUCUCUCACAAUAUUCCCGUACUUUCUGAAACUUGAUCAUCACCAAUAUAAUUGGAUCUAUUCUGUUGUUGACUGAGUGGUACCGGUACGGUUAACCCAGGGAGCUCCCGCCCGCGUACGGUUAGACAGCUGGCAGCCGUCUGUUUCGAGGAGUUUUUUAACAUUUUUUUAUUUUUUUAAUUUCUCCUCUGUAUUACUAUUUGGUGAGUGAAGCCAACAGAGUUAAGCUGAACAACCAACAUAACAGAGACCGAAGCUUUUGACUUUUGUUUUGGUCUACGGUACGGUACGAUGAGUGCUGGCUUCUGAUACUAUUUUAUUUGCCACAGCCAAGACCACGUUUGCAAAUUUAUGCAACUUUUUGAUUAACAACAAAAAUUAUGAAGGAGUACCAGCGCAUUCAGCCUAUUAACGAUAAGGAAGGACAAGCUAUUAAGGAUGGGGCACCGAAGCCAGGACGAUGUGCAUCGUGUUCUCUUCUUGCCCUAUUCUUCCUGGCUAUUUUAGCAGGUCUUGUUGCCGCGGUGAUCCUUAUCAUUACCAAUCCUCAAGGAGUGAGUCCUAAGCCUGUACCAUGCACUGAUCCUUGCACUGUGAUAUUGGCAGAGUCCAUGCCUCUAAACCUGACCUUCCCAGAUGGGUCGCCAAGAUUUCAAUCAACUUUCGCAAUCUGGAAAGAGUUGCUGGCCACUGCUGAAGAAACCAUAGACAUAUCUUCCUAUUACUGGACUCUUCGAGGAAAAGACAUAUUCAAUGAUACUUCAGACUUUGAGGGUGAAGAAAUCUUCCAGGAAUUGAUGGCAGCGGGUACCACGAGGAACAUCAGCAUCCGUAUCGUUGAGAACAAACCAUCCCACACCGUCAAGGACUAUGACACCAAGGAACUCGUAGCGAAAGGAGCUGCUGAGGUCAGGGCCCUGGACUUCGACAAGCUUCUGGGAGGAGGGAUCCUGCAUACAAAGUUCUGGGUCGUGGAUAACAAACACCUGUAUCUGGGAAGCGCCAACAUGGACUACAGAGCCUUGACACAGGUGAAAGAGAUUGGCGUAGGAAUAUUCAAUUGCUCCUGCUUAGCUGAAGACCUGGACAAGCUCUUUGAAGUAUACUGGUAUCUUGGCAACCAUGCCACUGUCCCACCCAAGUGGCCCGAAGAAUUUGCUACAGCGUACAACCUGGAUACCCCGAUGGAACUGAAGCUGAAUGAAACCAAUGCUACCGCCUUUAUUGGGAGUUCACCACCAGCCUUCUGUCCGACUGGUCGGACGUCUGAUAUCGACGGUCUCCUCAAUGUCGUCGAGUCUGCCAGGAAAUUUGUCUACAUCGCUGUCAUGGACUACAUUCCAGAAAAAGAAUUUGCACAUCCUAUGGAAUACUGGGACGUAAUAGAUGCUAAAUUAAGAGAGGUAGCAUUCAACCAUCAUAUCAACGUACGAGUUAUGGGAAGCAUAUGGAACCAUACAUCGGAUGAUAUGAUCAUCUUCCUUCGCUCGUUGGCUGAAAUGGGUGCAACGGGUAGAUUCAACAUACAAGCGAAACUUUUCUGUGUGCCAGCAUAUACUCCUGUGGAGCACAUCAUGCCAUAUGCUAGAGUCAACCACAACAAAUAUAUGGUCACAGAUAAUGCAGCUUAUAUUGGUACAUCCAACUGGUCAGGUACCUACUUCACAUUGACCGGUGGAGCAAGCUUAGUGGUCAACCAAACUCUAGCCCAGAUGGAGACCAAUGCUACCACCUUACAGGGUCAACUUGCCGGACUCUUCGAACGUGACUGGAAUUCCAUACACGCCCUACCCGUCCUACACAAUGUGGAGUGUGUAUGAAAUAUUCACUUGGUCGAAGACCAGUUGGUCUACCCUUAAGAUAGUCUAAUACCACAUGGGCUAAACCCGUUUUAUAGCCCGUUUCAUAAAGGCCUUGCAACUGUUGUAACUUUGCCAUUAUGGCAACUACCAUGGCAACAGGGCUCAGCAGCCAAUCGGAAUCAAGGUUACCAAGGUAGUUGCCAUAAUGGCAAAGUUACAACAGUUGUAACUCUUUAUGAAAUGGGCCCCAGGUGUACUAUGAAUUUGGUCUAAUUGCUGUUUGGUCUGUAGUACUCUCGGUUUAAUACUUGGUCUAUCCUCAUUUAGUCUAAUGCGUACUGGGUCUAAUUUCCACUUUUUUCCCCUUUUUUUACUUGGUCAAAUGAAAAUUUGAUUCAUAAACAUUUCAUUCAAUCAUAUAGACUUAGGGGGUGUUGCAAGAAAAUCUUUGCAAUCAAUUGCAAAUAUUCUGCUCCAAUUUUACAACUGAUAGAUCAAAUUUAGCUGUAGCUAAUUAGAUUACACACCUUGUUGGAAGAAGCAGUUUGAAAUCAAUCACAAAUUUACAAUUAAUUGCAAGACAUAUGAUUGAUUAAGGGACCAAAAAUAGAAUUGCAAGUGAUUGAAAGUUUCUUGAAACGCUCCAUAAGUGGUGUUAGACUGAGUGGAUAUUUGAUGAAAUGGGCAUUGUCAAACUGGAAAUUGGACCAAAUGGUAAAUACAGGUGCUAAAUGGGAAUUAGACCAAAUUGUCAGGAGAGGGUCUAGACUAAUAAGCAAUUGAAUGUAUGAAACAUCGUGGCCUGAAUUAACAAAGGUAGUUUUGAAAACCAUCGGUUGAACCCAUGGUCUAUGCAGAUUUCCUGUAUAAAUUACACCUAUUUACCGGGUUUAUUACAAACUGUCCAAUGCUAAUGUGUGCUUUUGUCACAGUGCACCAAAUUGACGCCUGUUGCCAUGGUUAAGUAUGCUAUUUUAUUCAUGAGUCCACCGUUUGAAGAGCGGACUCAUUAAUUCAAAACAGUGGACUCAUGAAUGAAACAAGGUACUUAACCAUGGCAACGGGUGUCAAUUUGGCGCACUGUGACAGAAGCGCGCAUCAGCAUUGGACAUUUUUGCAUAUACGUGGUAUUAAUAGGCAUAAUUUAUACAGGAAAUCUCCAUAAACCAUGGGUUCAAGCGAUGGUUUUCAAAAUCGCCUUUGGGAAUUCGGGCCAGUGUGAUGCUUCAGAGUAUUAUGGACCCAGGUGGUCCUGUACAAUUUUUUUGGAAAUUAAAGGAACCCAGGUGCUGUUUUAUUAAGUCGUCUCUACAGUUAUGCAUAACUUUACAAACGAUUGGAACAUGUUCUUAACAGGUACCAAGUCAGCUGCGCUGGGAUUUAUCUUGCACAAGAAAGGGUUACCAGUCGUGUGUAAAAUCAUGCAUACAUUUAUGAAACGAUCACCUGGUAGUUAACGGGUUAGUAAGAUGUACAAUCUUUCAGACUGAAAUAUGAGUGUUUAUGGUCUCUGAUAGUUAUUGUUUUGACAGUUCAUUUAAAAAUGUAAAUUCUGUAUAUCAAAAGUUUACCCUAGAAAGUGAGAAAUUUGAUGUUACUAAUUUCAUAUACAGUACAUGAAGUGAACUUUAGAUAAAAAGUGAUUUUAUGACUUGAGCGGCUGAACUCUAUUGACUAGCCUAUUAAUUUAAACAUCAAAAUCACAUUUCCGCUACCUACUAAAAAUGCUAACAUUUAGUAACUUUUACAUUGUGAUGACUUUGAUUUUGAUGGGCUACAGAGCCAUGUUAAAGUGAAAGUAGUCAUAAUGGUAUUUUAAUGCAUUCAAACUCUUACAAAUAUCUGAUUUUAAUGGAAUUAAAAUGUUUCCUCCAUUUUAUUUUCAAUUAUUGAUUUAACUCAACAAAUGUUUAAUGUUGACUUGGUCUUUCGCGAUAAGCUUAUUCAGUUUUGUCGAAUGAUAAGCUAUGGUACUAUGAAUUGUGGCAAUGCGAGUUAACUAUUACAUUAUUACAACUGCCCUACAAAGAAUAAUCACGCCACUCGUUUAUACUUUGCCUGCACAGAGUGUAUGCUUUCAUAUUUAUCAAGUAAUAAUAGAAUGAAUGAAUGAAUUAGUAUUAAUUACUGAUUAUUUGGCAUAUAUUUACCCCCAGUGAAAAAAAAUACAUGUAGCAUUGCAUGUGAAUAGCCAAAACGUUUUAGUGCAUAUAACAAAAUCAAAAUUUUCAAGCUUGAGAAAUUGUUUCUAAAGCUCAGUUUUUCUACUAGAUGAUGUUCACACAUGAUAAUGUUUAUAGAAUGAAUGAAUUUUUUUAAGCUCAUGAAAGAAGCCAAUGUUCCUUCAAAUGUAACAUAAAUAACCAUGGAAUUGCCCUUAUGUGAUUUUUUUAUUUAUUGAAUGAUACUUAUCGAAAACUUGACGAAAACUUGCCAUCUUCAAUUCUUUUCUUUUUCUUUCAUUGAUUGUCUGUGUCCAGUAGCUUGAAAGAUGGAUAUAUAGAUAGAUAGAUCUAUCAUAGAUAGAUAGAUAGAUAGAUAGGUAGAUAGAUAGAUGGAUGGAUGGAUGGAUAUCAUAUGUGGAUGGAUAUGUAGAUGGAUGGAUGGAUGGAUGGACGGACAGACAGACAGACAGAUAGAUAGAUAGAUAAUCUCAUAAAUGAAAUGAAAUGAAAUAAUGUAUGGAGGAGAGUGAUAAUCAUUCACCUGCAUUCAGUUAUCAAUGCUUGGUGAAUGUCUUAGUACUUAAUUAAGAUUUCAUACAUUUAUUUUGAAUUUUUUAUAUUUAUAUACCAUAUACAUUUAUAUACUGUACUAUGAAGUUAAUAAUUGUAAAUGAGAGUACAGAAUGUGAUAUAGGUACGUACAUUCCAAGUAAAAAAUAUUCACAUAUAUCCUGUCUUCCAUUUGCUUUCAAUGAUCAAAUUGACAUAUUUACUGGUAUUUGUACUUUUUCCACAAUUGUAAAUUUUCCAAUAGAUCUAAAUGAAUUUUAAUGCCAGUCACAAUGUUCAAUGCUGCAAUUAAUAUUUUAUGCAUUCUGUAUGAUAUAGAAUCAAAUACUCUUUGAAUUUUUAUGUAUGUUAUCUUUUUUACCCUUAUGCUUGGAUUUAUAAUGCCUGCUUUGAAUAAAAUGUGCUUUGAUUUAUGCAGAAAACUGUGAAAUAAUGUUGUACAAAAUACAAAUGUUUAGGUUUUUUUUUUAAUUUAAUAGAUAUGUACUAACUCUGAUACAUCCUUGUAACCUCAUUAUGUAAACUGCUCAAAAUAGUUCUUAAUAAUUAUGUGUAAAGACAUGUUCGUAUAUUUUAUCGAUUUGAUAUGAUUUGUUACAUGUAUUCUACAAAAAGAAUGAAUCAAAUAAAGCACAAAUUUGCUUGUUA